CCAUUUACGUACUCUCUCAAGAAAGAGAUUUUCUGAAAUGGACUCUGCACCUCAUCUAGUGGAAGACUUCCAGGGUCUCCUCCAAGUCUACAGCGACGGUUCUGUCCUCCGCUCCACCACUUUUCCCUUCCACAUUCCCCUCCACGAUGAUGGCUCCGUCGUCUGGAAAGACUCUCUUUUCCACAAACACCAUAACCUCCACCUCCGCCUCUAUAAGACGGCGGUGUCCCCCACCAAAGGAAACCUCCCGAUUCUCUACUACUUUCAUGGAGGCGGCUUCUGCGUCGGCUCUCGCACGUGGCCCAACUGCCAUAACUGCUGCCUCCGUCUGGCGUCUGGGCUUGGCGCACUCGUGGUUGCACCGGACUUCCGCCUGGCCCCCGAGCACAGGCUGCCGGCGGCGGUGGAGGAUGCAGUGAGCUCACUCAAGUGGCUACAAGGUCAAGCUGUAUCGGAGGAUUGCGAAGAGUGGCUGAGUGAAGGGGUUGACCUGGACCGGGUCUUCGUAGUGGGAGACUCGUCUGGAGGGAACAUGGCGCACCAGGUGGCAGUUCAGAUGGGGGCCGGUUUGCUAGAACUGGAGCCAAUUCGGGUACGAGGUUUUGUGUUGAUGGCGCCAUUUUUUGGGGGAACAGUGAGAACAAGAUCAGAGGAGGGUCCGAGUGAUACUAUGUUCAACUUAGAACUCUUUGACAGGUUUUGGAGGCUAUCAAUACCAGAAGGUGGGACAGCAGAUCAUCCUUUGGUAAACCCAUUUGGACCUUGUAGUCCAAGCUUGGAGCCACUGAAGCUCAAUCCCAUCUUGGUGGUGGUUGGUGGUAAUGAGCUAUUGAAAGACAGGGCAGAGCAGUAUGCCAAGAGGUUGAAAGAGAUGGGAAAAGGAAUUGAGUAUGUGGAAUUUAAGGGAGAGGGACAUGGUUUCUUCACCAAUGACCCAUACUCUGAUGCAGCUACUGCAGUUUUGCCUGUUAUCAAGCGUUUUAUUACUCAAAACUCCUAGGGUUUAUUGUUAUGUUAGUGAGAAGUGAUGAGUUUCUUCGGUUUUAUUCCCUUUGUUAAGUUGGUAAAUUAACUAUGAGGGCAUCCUAAUGAAGUACGUACCACUUUUCAUGUUGGAGAAUGUAAUGGCUUUUCAAGUAUGAAGAAUGUUUG